CUCCAGUCUCCUACUCAGUAACUUCAAGACAGCAAGCAAAACCGGCAUCAUCAUGAAGUCCUUCGUCCUCACGGCCCUCGCCGGCCUCAUCGGCGCUGUCCAGGCUACCGUCCAGGGCUUUGACAUCUCCCACUACCAGGGCAGCGUUAACUUUGCCCGCGCUUACUCUUCCGGUGCCCGCUUCGUCAUCAUCAAGGCCACCGAAGGAACCAACUACAUCGACCCCAAGUUUUCCUCUCACUACACCGGCGCCACCUCUGCCGGCCUGAUCCGCGGCGGCUACCACUUUGCGCACCCAGACUCCUCCUCCGGCGCUGCUCAAGCAGACUACUUCCUCGCGCACGGCGGCGGCUGGUCCAAGGACGGCAUCACCCUGCCCGGCAUGAUCGACCUCGAGUCCUCCUCCGGCAAGGCGACCUGCUACGGCUUGUCGACCUCGGCCAUGGUGUCGUGGAUCAAGGCCUUCUCCGACCGCUACCACAGCAAGACGGGUCGCUACCCCAUGAUUUACACCAACUACUCGUGGUGGAGCAAGUGCACUGGCAACUCCAAGAGCUUUGCCACGACCAACCCGCUGGUGCUGGCGAGGUGGUCGAGCUCGGUCGGUACGAUUCCUGGCGGGUGGAGUUAUCAGACUAUUUGGCAGAAUGCGGACACGUAUACUUAUGGUGGUGAUUCGGAUAUCUUCAACGGCUCUCUUGAUCGUCUCCUGGCUUUGGCUAAGGGCUCUUGAGCGGGGAGUUGAAAGCGGGUUCCUAGGUUGCUUGGAUUGAUGAGAGUGUUGGCUCAAGACUUCAACGAGGGCCGGGGCUGGACCGUUUGAACGGCGGGAAGGUUUAGGCAUUUCUUCAAGAAAGGGGAUAGAUUCCAACAUACCUAGGUAUUUCGUGGUAAUCGUCUAGAACGUUAGCUACAUCAAAUU